CGACUGCUGCCAUUUUGACGGGAAGAGUGUGGAGUUGCGUUUGUUGUUCAGCGGUCUAAUUUACUCAUAAAAAUAAUUUCGCCAUGGCUAUGCAAGCAGCGAAACGCGCUAAUAUACGAUUGCCUCCUGAGGUGAACCGGAUCCUGUACGUCAGGAAUCUUCCUUACAAGAUCACAGCUGAAGAAAUGUAUGAUAUCUUUGGGAAAUAUGGACCAAUACGUCAAAUCAGAACGGGUAACACACCUGAAACAAGAGGAACAGCUUACGUGGUUUAUGAAGACAUCUUUGACGCCAAAAACGCCUGUGAUCAUCUGUCAGGCUUUAACGUCUGCAACCGUUACCUGGUGGUCCUCUACUACAACGCAAACAGAGCUUUCCAGAAGAUGGACACAAAGAAAAAAGAGGAACAGCUGAAGCUCCUAAAAGAGAAAUACGGCAUCAACACAGACCCUCCGAAGUAGCACUCUGCAAAACCCCGUUGACCUCCACGGCUUUCACCCCCACUGUUCAAAGUCGUUAUUUUUCUAUUUGUACAUACUUCACAUGCUCUGUGGUGUAUGCUGGUUAUAAUUUUCCGGAAGAGUUCUUGAAAAUAUUCUUUUUUUUAACGAUUUUGUUGAAAUGAAAAGUGUGAUUUUUUUCUGUUUUGUUUCAUUAAUUCUUUUUUUUCUCACAAAAAUUCACUCAUCUGUUUGAUCUUUAGGACUUUGGUUGGUGUUCAUGUCAAAAAUGAAAAGCAGCACAGACUCUUGAACAUAAAAAAUAGUUUUACCUGGAUUUAGAUAUUGACUGGUCAUAGCAUUCACCCUUGGCAACACGGAAAUCUUUUUUUUCAGCCUUUUGUUCCUAUUUUCAUUCUUUUCUACAAUCUUUUAAUUUAAAGCUAAUCAUUGUCAUACAGUAUGUGAUAUGGAAUUGAGUUGAUCAGUACAGACUAUGUAAAGUAUAUGGUUUCUGUAAAAUAAAUGUUUUCUAAAA